ACCCCAACUCCAAAGGCCAAAGGUAAUGUCUUUAAAACCCCACCACCCCCACCUUCUCCCAUUUCACCAAAAACUUAGAAAAUAAAGAAAAGAAUUAAAGAGAGCUAAGAAGAAGUGUGAUUAUUUUAUAGUCAGAGAGUCGCCGGAGCUCGUUGCCGGAGCUCGUCGCCGUGAUCACAUUCAGCUUGCCACCACCGAUAAACGCCCUAGGCCAUCAUGGUGUUCCUCUCGUCGAGACGAAGCCGUAGACACCAACCACGCCUCAAACGGAGCCCGGACGAAGCCGCACGCGCCUCCCGAAGAUUCGCCUCGGCGCGCGCGUGAAACACACGCGCCACCGCCGUCCGCCGGAGCCACCGCGAGUUCCGGCCACGCGCCGCCGUAUCCGACCAACAUUCGCCGGAGCCGCCGUGACCGACCACCGUCCGUCCGCCGCCGAGAAGCCGCCGCCGCGUCGCCGCCUCGCCGCCGUCGCCGCUGUCGCCGCCGUCGCCGCCGUUGAUUUUCCGAUUUGGAGUCCAUUUGAGCAGCUGGAGUUCAUAGAUACCACCUCUUAUUGUUGCUAAGGUGAGGGUCUAUUCCCGAACUCCUCUUAUUCGGCUUAGGACCUCGAAUAAGUAUAAUUUAUUUUUAAUGUGUUCCGUCUGUGUGAAAUCGAGUCUGUCAUUGCUUGUUUAGUUUUAGGUUCUUUGCAUAAACCGGAACUAGGGGGUUAGAGGAUUCAACAUUGAUUGUUUCACUUAAUGUAAAUUCUUAGCUAGGAUUGUUUUUGUUUGGAGACGGAUACAGAGUCGGACUGCUGUAUGCCGGAUUGUAUGGAGGUCACGGCCAACUUUAGUCGACCGGUUGAGCCGUAGACUGGAAGUGUCGAUAAAUCGUCUACGGGCGUGUGUUACCGAGCACUUUUUCGGUGUGUGUAUGAACCGAGCACCUUUUCGGUAGUGUUUUGGCCUGUUAGUGGGCGGCGAGUGCGCACCUCGCUAGGACCAUUGUUUGUUGCUUGAGUACUUUAGGUACUGUGUUUGACAUGCAUUAGAAUUAAAUUAUAUUUAUUCGGAGUGCUAUGUCCGGGUCCAUGGACUUCGGGGUAGCAUCCCAUACCUCGCUGAGCGAUUCCCCUGUCGCUCACCCCUCAUUCUUUCCCCCUUUUAGGUGAGACCGAUGAGCAGGAGUGAUUAUCGGACCGGUGCUAUUGGGCUUUUGGGCUUCUAUCGCUUUUACCGCUUUUAUCUUUAUCGGGCCUUUAGGCCUUUGGACUUUUAUCGUCUAUGUUAUUCCUAUUUCAGACUUUCGGUUUAUAUCGUAUUUUAUAUUUCGGAUGUUAUCGAUGUUGGGCUUUUAGGCCUUUUGUUACCGUAUUGACUUUUAUAUUAUAUGAAGAUUAUUAUUAUUUGAGUUGUAUUAUUAUUUUAUUUCCGCUUUUAUCAAUUUAUUAUAUUUUGAAAGUGGCGGGUGUCACAAUUUGGUAUCAGAGCGGGUUCCGUCCCGGCUCCGACCCGGGAUGGCGAUUUUUGGAGACCUGGUUUUAUUCGGUUUUGACGGUUUUACACGAUUUCAAAAUAUUUUCGGGGAUUUGGGAAUUUUGAAAAUAAAAAUAAAUAGCACCUUUUCGUUCGAUAUCACUGCUCCUUAAAAUGUUGGUAUCCAAAGUUCAGCGUAAGUUAACUUUUCGCUUUCCUUUUAGAUGCCGCCAAGGAGAAGAACCACCCGUGCCCAGACCGCCAGAGCCAUUAGAGACAAUGUAGAUGAGCAUGAGCAGCCCGCAGUUCCACCACCCGCGGCUCCACCAGUUGAUCAGGAUGCAUUGAGACAAAUGGUUCAGGAUGCCGCUAGACAGGCCGCUCAGGAAGCACUUCAGCAGAUUGCCCAGGAGGCAGCCAGGCAGGCCGCUCAGGAGGCCGCCCGAGUAGCUGCUCAGGAGGUUGCUCGUCAGAUGGCUGCCGUUCAGCAGGGACCGCAGAUUCAGGUUCAGCAAGUUCCACUGGUUCAUGUCCAACAAGAUCAGCAGAUUCCAGCUCAGCAUGAUCAUCAGGAUCCCGUUCAGCAGGUUCCCCUUCCACAGGUUCCUCUGCAGCAGGGUCCAGUUCAGCAGUUUGCUCAUGGUGUUCAGGAUCUACCGCCACCACCACCGCGACCUCAUGUUUACCCGGUUUAUAAUGAGAGGUUCUACAGGCUGACAUGUCAGAUGAGAAACAUGGAGAUGGAGCAUUUUAGCGGGACAGUGGAUGCUGUAGCUGCACACGAUUGGAAGUUAGCCUUGCAGCGGAAGCUGGAGAUUAUUGAGUGUCCACCAGAGUUGUCGCUCAGAUUGACUAUGCAGUACCUUCGUGGAGAUGCUCUUAUAUGGUGGGAGGGAAUACGAUUGAGCCAUUUUGGGCCAGAGAGACUUACUUUCGCUGAUUUCAUUCGAGAGUUCGAUAGGAAAUACUUUCCGAAGGAAGCGAUGGAUAGGAAGAAGUGCGAGUUCGAGCAUGUAAGCCAGGGAGAGAUGUCUAUCAGGGAGUAUGAGGUUGUGUUCAACCAACUUCGCAGAUUUGCAGGAGUGGGCAUUUCAGAAGAAGACUUGAUUAGAAAGUUUUUGAGUGGGAUGCGAGUGGAGAUUCGUAACAGGUGUCGCGUAGUCACUUACCACCGGUUGGGAGAUUUGGUAGAGAAAGCUGCCGAGCAGGAGGCAGGCUUGGCGGAGGAGAAGGAACUCGCCAAAGCAGUUCAUGUUAAGUCUGGAAAAGCUCCAGAGUCUCAAAGGAGAGCAGGGGACCCGUCGGGAUUACCGAUAUGUCCUCGUUGCCAUCGCAGUCACAGUGGGCAGUGUAUGAGGUGUCUUACUUGCGGUAGGAUUGGACACAUUGCGAAGUUUUGUCGAGCUAGGCCAUUGGAUACGCCACCAGUCAGACAGAUUGCAGCACCAGCAGCGGCACAGGUUUGCUUUGGCUGUGGUCAGCCAGGUCACUUCAUUAGAGAUUGCCCGAGGAAGGACAAUGCGGCACUUCCACCACCACCGAAGCGUCUAGCCAUCGCUCCACGUGUGUUUGCGGUUGGAGAUCCUCAGGGAGCUGAGCCGAUAGCAGGUAUGAGUCUUUUCCAUACUUGUUUGUGUUUGGGUAUUUUGGCUCGUGGUUGUCAUGUGUAGUUAGUAAAAAUCUCGUGUAGGAUCGGUUUUAGUUGGAGGAGAGUCAGCUUAUACCUUAUUCGACACGGGAGCCUCUCAUAGUUUUGUGAGUCCGCGCUUAGUCCAGUCUUGGUCUUUUCGGGGAGUCUUUGAACCGAAGGCUAAGCAGAUCCAGACUGCCGGCACGGAGAAGUUGGGUGCAGUUGGCAUUCAUCACGAUGUACCAGUUCUACUUGGAGGAGUCGAGUUGCUCGGAGAUUUGACGGAGAUGGAGAUGAGCUCCUACGAUGUUAUACUUGGGAUGGAUUGGCUGUCGCGACAUCGAGUAGUCUUGGAUUGUCCGAAGGCAAGAGUUAAUAUCCCUAGAGGAGAAGGAAAUAUCAUUUGCGAGGGAAUUCAGACACACCGGGAAAUUUCUAUCGUCUCCAUGUUGCGUGCAGAAGAGUUAUUGGAAAGUGGAGCAGAGGGAUUCUUGGCAACCAUUUCGAUGGUUAAGGAGGACGGUCAGCAGAAGCUGCAUGAUAUACCAGUGGUCGCCGAGUACGAGGAUGUUUUUGAGCCUUUAAAAGGGCCACCACCAGCUAGAGCGGACGUUCUUACAAUAGAAGUAGAGCCAGGAGCAGCACCAAUUUCACGAGCUCCAUACCGUCUCGCACCAACUGAGAUGGCAGAGUUAAAGAAACAAUUGGAGGAGCUAUCUGAUAAGGGGUUUAUCAGGCCGAGCACGU